AUGACCAUAUCUACGAAAUGCCAUGUUAAAGUGACGAGAAUGAACAAACCCAAGAUGGCCUCAGAGAAGGGUGUUCCCAGUAACUCCAGAGUGCAGAUCCUGCUGGCCCAGCUGGAGAAGAUUACCGUCGACCCCGUGGGGCGGGAUCCUGAGACGGCGCGGCAGGUCACUUCCAAGCUCCUCCAUCUCAUACAGACGCAGGAGAAGACAUCAAAGGAGGUGAUGAUGACCAAAGGCACAAGCGGCAUGGAGGUCAUCCUUUCUUCACUGGAGAGCACCCGGGACAUCCAGACCAUCCUGAACAUCCUGUGCAUACUCAGUGAGCUGCUGACCCUGGGUGAGUAUAGAGGUAAAGGGCGCAGGGUAGGGGUCUUCGUAUCAAAGGGAGGAACAGCAGUGCUACUCCGCAUUCUAAUCAGCGCCAGCAAAGAAUAUCACCCCAACGAGGAGCUCAUGUUGCAUCUUCAUUCUUUACUGGCGAAGGUGGGCCCAAAAGACAGGAAGUUGGGUGUGAAGGCACGUCUGACUGGCGCUCUGAAUAUUACAAUAAACCUGAUCAAGAAGAACCUUCAAAAUGUCAAGCUGCUCCUGCCCUGCUUGCAAGUUCUUAGGGUUUACUCAACCAACAUGGUGAACGCCAUAUCUUUGGGCAAACACGGAGCGAUUGAGCUGAUAUUCAAGAUUGUUGCACCGUACAGCAAGAAGAACACUAGCCUGAUCAAGGUCGCUGUAGAUGCACUCGUUGCUCUCCUCAAAUCCAAGACAAAUGCUCGGCAUGCAGUGGAGGGCGGCUACGUUCCCACGUUGCUCGCUCUCUACCUGGACUGGCACCGCAACGACACGUGGCAUCGUCACACAGUGAUCCGCAAGGGGCUGCUGGGCUGUCUGCGUAACGUCACAAACAUAAAGCUGGGCAGACGGGCAUUCACCAAGGCGGACGGCAUGCGAAUUCUGUACAACUCUUCCUGUGAGUGUCUCUCGCUGCGUGCCCUGGAUCCUCUUGUGAACGCCUCGAGUCUCAUCAUGAGGAAGUGCUUCCCCAAAAACCGCCUGCCUCUCCCUUCCAUCAAGUCAGCCUUCCAAUACCAGCUGGAGCACGUGCUGCCUUCAGGGUCGGUCGCACAUCUCUGCAGCCAAAACCCAGGAGGAAGAACACACGCUCAGCUCUGUAGCGAGCCCUUAAAGAAGGUGGACGACGUGGUGGAUGACAGUGAUGAUAACGAGGACACCGAGGCAGACACAGAGAACGAUACAGAGAAUGAAGAUGAUGAUAAGGAUUGCCGCUCCCUGAACGACGACAUUGAAAAGGAUAUGAACAAGCUACACCCCCAAAAAAUACCGAGCCGACCUUUCGAAGAGUUAAAAGUCUAUGAAAAGUUCUUUGUCGAGCUGUCUGAAGACUUCCAGGAUUACAACUUUGAAUCCUCUACCACAUCUUCAUCGGCUAACUCCGAUGAGCCCAUCGUUGUGCCCACAUCUGAGGCGCCGUCCCGGAAUCAUGUCUCUGCUCAGGAUGCGAGCAGCACCUCUGCUCCUGAGCUCACCAUUUCUCCUCUACAGCUGGACACCAGCGACUUUGCCCAGGAAAUCAACAAAAAGGACGAGGCACAUUAUCAAAAAGUAGAGCACGAUCUCUCACAGGCGUCAGAACAUGUCUCCCUAAAUCCGGAUGAGAUGGGAGUCAAACAAAAAGGACCUCCCAUCAGUGCACAGAAGUCCAUGCAGUCUCCUUUGCUUUUGGAGGGCAUUGCCAUUCGCUGUUUAGCUGCGGCAGCAGCAGGUGGAGGAGGAGGAUCAGACUGCGGCUCGGAGGGUGCCGAGGAAGAAGGUGGUGAAGGAGCCGUCCUGGAGGUGCCCGACACAGCUCAGCUUCUCCCACUCCAUGACUUGGACCUUUACGUAGACAUGGUGAAGGGGACACAGUCUGUGCCUCACUACACCGAGGUGGCCUAUCCGGACUACUUUGGGCAUGUGGCCCCUACCUAUAGGGAGCCCCUUUUGGAAAGAUUGUAUGGGGUACAGAGGUCUAAGAUAUUCCAGGAUAUUGAGAGGUUGAUUCACCCCAACGACAUCCUGGAUAAGGUUGUUUACGACCUCGACAUUUCCAGCUGUCCUGUGAUUGAAAGUAAUGGCGAGUCGUUGAGGUUCAACUCUCAGUUUGAGUCCGGCAAUCUCAGGAAAGCCAUUCAGAUCAGGAAGUAUGAGUACGACCUGAUUCUGAACUCGGACAUCAACAGCAACCAUCACCAUCAGUGGUUCUACUUUGAAGUGAGCGGCAUGCGCGUAGGAGCCACGUACCGUUUCAACAUCAUCAACUGUGAAAAGUCUAACAGCCAGUUCAACUAUGGCAUGCAGGCGCUGAUGUACUCGGUUCAGGAGGCCAUCAAUGGCAGGCCUCGCUGGGUCAGAACAGGAACAGACGUCUGUUACUAUAAGAACCAUUUUGCUAGGAGUUCCACCGCAACUGGUGGUCAGAAAGGGAAAUCCUACUACACAAUGACUUUCAGCACCAUCUUCAGCCACAAGGAUGACGUCUGCUAUUUUUCCUAUCACUACCCUUACACGUAUUCCUCGUUGAAGAUGCACUUGUCAAAGUUAGAGGCUAUGAAGGCGCCUGGAAUUUACCUGAGACAGGACGUCCUGUGCGAGACGCUGGGGGGAAACAGCUGCCCGCUCCUCACCAUCACCGCCAUGCCAGAGUCGAACUCUAGUGAUCACAUCUGCCAAUUUCGAAAUCGUCCAUUGAUCUUUCUGUCAGCCAGAGUGCACCCUGGGGAAACCAAUGCCAGCUGGGUGAUGAAAGGCACACUGGAGUUCCUGAUGGGCACCAGCCUGUUGGCGACCACGCUGAGAGAGGCUUACAUCUUCAAGAUUGUGCCCAUGCUGAACCCUGACGGUGUCAUCAACGGAAAUCAUCGUUGUUCUCUGAGCGGGGAAGAUUUGAAUCGCCAAUGGCAGCUUCCCAACCCCGAGCUGCACCCAACCAUCUACCACACCAAGGGCCUGCUGCAAUACCUCGCACACAUUCAACGAGCACCACUGGUUUUCUGUGACUACCAUGGUCAUUCCAGAAAGAAGAAUGUCUUUAUGUAUGGCUGUAGUGUAAAGGAAACAAUAUGGCAGUCAAACAUCAAUGCCGCAUCCAGUGAUCUACAAGAGGACCUCGCAUACAGGGCCCUUCCAAAGAUCCUCUCCCAGAUCGCGCCAGCCUUCAGCAUGGCCAGCUGUAGUUUUGUGGUUGAGCGCUCCAAAGAGUCAACUGCGCGUGUGGUUGUUUGGCGGGAGAUCGGCGUGCAGCGCAGCUACACCAUGGAGAGCACUGUCUGUGGAUGUGACCAGGGCAAAUAUAAGGGUUUUCAGAUUGGCACCAAGGAGCUGGAGGAGAUGGGAGCUCAGUUCUGUGUGGCCCUGCUAAGGCUGAAGAGGAUGACGGGGCUGCACAACCACCAGUAUCUGUUGGAUCUGGAGACUGACCUCAUCGGGACGCAGCCGAAAGUAGUCAGCAGCUGCCCGACUACCUACGUGAUGGAUGAGGAUGAGCCGUCCUUCCUGGAGGCGGUGGAUUACAGUGCCGAGAGCAACGACGAGGAUACCGAGGUGGACCUCGAGGCCAGUGGCGCCACCGACGCCAAUGCCGGCCAAGUCCCCGCGCGGCAGUCAGACUCCGAGAGCAAUCAUGAUGCUUGGAAAUCUGAGCCUGUCACCAGCAGCCAAUGA